UCGGCCGCGAUCCGGCCCGGCAUCCCCCGCGCGCCUGCUGCCCCGCGGCCCGCUCUCGCCGCCAUGGCCUUCACCUUCGCCGCCUUCUGCUACAUGCUGGCGCUGCUGCUCACCGCCGCCCUCAUCUUCUUCGCCAUCUGGCAUAUUAUAGCAUUUGAUGAGCUGAAGACUGAUUACAAGAAUCCCAUAGACCAAUGUAAUACACUCAAUCCUCUUGUACUUCCAGAGUACCUCAUCCAUGCAUUCUUCUGUGUUAUGUUUCUCUGUGCAGCAGAGUGGCUUACACUGGGUCUCAAUAUGCCUUUGUUGGCUUACCAUAUUUGGAGAUAUAUGAGCAGGCCUGUAAUGAGUGGACCAGGUCUUUAUGAUCCUACAACCAUCAUGAAUGCAGAUAUUUUAGCAUAUUGUCAGAAGGAAGGAUGGUGCAAACUAGCAUUUUACCUCCUAUCAUUUUUUUACUACCUAUAUGGCAUGAUUUAUGUUUUGGUGAGCUCUUAAGAAGACUCUGCAAACUUGGUUCCAGUUAAGUGCAUGCAAAAGCCACAAAACAAAAGGAUUCUUUCCAACAAGAAUCUGUUACCAAGAUUAAACUAUGGAAUCUGAUGAUCACAGUUGCAUUAGGAAAAAAAACAAACGACUCCCCUAUUUUUAAAAUGUUUCCACACUUUAUACUUGUGGAAAGACUGUUUUUCGUAUAUUUUGCUGGGACGUUGAAAUUAAAAAGAAUUAAGUGUAAAUUGAUAUUAAAUAAUUCUCUGGUUUUGAACAGUUUUGACUUUGCGCUCCGUAAGGAACAGCCAUAGCUCUUCAAGUAGUUCUUAAUUACUGACUGUCCUUAAUAUCCUAGAAUUUUUUGUUUACAGGACAUUAUAGUGGCUCACUUUGGACUUUUGAAACUCCAUUUAACUAUAAAUCAACUGUAGCUAUAAAGUGCUUCUGAAGGACUGAAAGCUUUAUAUAUUUUCUCUGCAGAUAUCUUCACGGAUACAUGAGUAGAAAGAGUAGUUCUGUUUUUUAUAUUUGGGUAUCUUUCCCUGCGUAUGCAUGGUUCUGAAACUUCCCGUAUUUCCACCAAACACUAAAUAUCCUUGCUUUAAUUUUCAAGCAUAAGUUAUUGUGAUAGGAAACAUUGAGUUGUCUGUGAAGGAAUGAAUUUAAAAGAUUUUAUUUUUAAAUGUUUGUGCAACAGUCUUAUUAAUCAAUUGGCUAAUAAUGCAAGAUUGAUCAAAUCCAGUGGUAAAAAUACUGCUCGUAUGGGUUUACAAGUCACACUAAAGACAUUUGCAAGAGACAGUGAGAUUGAGAAACUGCCCUGCUGUUCCUUAGUGGAAUGAAUAAAUAAAUAAUCUCAAAUUCAGAAAUGUUCAA